GUGUGUGUGUGUGUGUGUGUGUGUGUGUGUGUGAGAGAGAGAGAGAGCGAGCGACCUCACUCUUUUCGCACAGCAGUGCGAGGAGCAGCGCGCGUCUGAGGAUCUUCAGUCUGGAGUUCUCGCUCCCAGUCGCGAGCGGCCAGCAUGCCUCGCGGUGCGUUCGCAACACUGUACGUGCACCGAGUUGUUUUCGCUUUGCCCAUCGACAGCACAGUUCGCUGAAAUGGACGAAUCGUCGCUGCUGGAUUUACUGGAGUGUUCGGUGUGUCUGGAACGGCUGGACACGACGGCCAAAGUGCUCCCGUGCCAGCACACCUUCUGCCGCCGCUGCCUCGAGAACAUCGUCAGCUCUCGCCACGAGCUGCGCUGCCCGGAGUGCCGCAUCCUGGUGGACUGCGGGGUCGACGACCUGCCGGCCAACAUCCUCCUGGUGAGGCUGCUGGACGGUAUCAAGCAGCGGCCGAGGAACGGCGGGAGAGCGUCGCUGGCAGGGAUGCCGCUCGGGUGCGCUGCCGGCGUUGCGGCGUCGCCCCCGGGCACGGCCGCACGAGACUCGCCCAACGCCACUCGAAGCUCUCCAGUCAAGAAUGUUCCGCAGCUUCCCUGUGGCAAGGCCCUCUACAGCUAUGAAGGCAAGGAACCCGGCGACCUCAAGUUCAGCAAGGGUGACAUCAUCAUCCUGCGUCGCAAGGUGGACGAAAACUGGUACCACGGCGAGCUUAACGGCAGUCACGGCUUCCUUCCCGCCAGCUACAUCCAGUGCAUCAAGCCCCUGUCACAGACCCCCCCGCAGGGCAAGGCCCUCUACGACUUUGAGGUCAAGGACAAAGAGCAGGACAAGGACUGCCUGACCUUCACUAAGGACGAGAUUCUCACAGUCAUCCGUAGAGUGGACGACAACUGGGCAGAAGGCAUGCUGGGAGAUAAAAUUGGGAUCUUCCCCAUCCUCUAUGUAGAGCUGAAUGAGACUGCUAAGCAGCUGAUGGAGAUGGACAAGUGCGCGUCAGCGCCGGGUCCCGGCGCUGACCCGGGCUCCCCGGGCUCGGGCCCCUGUUCUGCGCCCGCAGCUGCCGCCGUGAGCUGUAACGGCGACGAGCAGGCGGCUGCGGGCGUCCAACGGCGGCCGGACGGCAAGAAGAACGCAAAGAAGAGGCACUCCUUCACGGCGCUGAGCAUGACGCAGCGCACGGCACUCGGCAACAACCGGCAUUCCAUGGAGAUCAGUGCGCCCGUGCUCAUCAGCUCCUCGGACCCCAGGGCGGCGGCACGCAUAGGAGACUGCCCACACCUGUCUGCCAGCGCCCCUUCCGCACAGAACUCCUCGUUUGGUGGCUCUGCUAACACAGGGAUGGCCGUCCCCGCCCGCGUGGCCUCUACCACUGCAGAGCUUCUGGCUGCAGCGAAGGUUCAGCUCCCCCUCAACAUCUACCUGGCUCUGUACGCGUAUAAGCCACAGAAGGCAGACGAGUUGGAGCUGAGGAAAGGCGAGAUGUACCGUGUGUCGGAGAAGUGCCAGGACGGCUGGUUCAAGGGCACCUCCCUGCGCAGUGGCGCCUCUGGUGUCUUCCCCGGGAACUACGUCACCCCCGUAUCCAGGGCCCCGUUUGCUGUUGGCCAGUCCCGUGCCUGUCUCCCCGGAACGUCUCAGGUGGUUAAGGCAGUGCCUGGAUCUCCCGGUUCAGCUGGACCCUCCAGCCCUGUCCUGCUUGGCCCCGCCUCUCGCCCCGCCCCUCCCUUGGCAAACCCCGCCUCCUCUCCUCAGCUGCAGCCCGCAGCCAUGCACCUGAAGAACUGCCUGCGCAUGUGCAGCCAGCAGGCAGCCAGCCAGAGCCGUCCCACCGCACAGCUGGUCCACAGCCCUCCUACAGGUGGAAGUCCCGAUCGCCCCACCGUGGCCGUCGCCCCUCUGCGUCCCCAGGGUUCUCCGUCCCGCUCCCCCGGACCGUCGGUGGGGCGGCCCUUGUCCAUGGUGGCGUCCCCCCAGGCUCACCCGUCCCUGCAGGGCAGCCCGCUUUCCCCCGCCGCAGCCUCUACGCGGCCCCUGCUUGCUCUCAGCUCGGCCGCCGUGGCCGUCACGCCGCCCAACGUCUCGGCCGCCCACCUGAACGGCGGAGAGGCCCUGGGCUGCUCCCUGACGCCCGUGUCGCCGGCGCACGCCCACCAGCACUCCGGCCUCGUCCGUCCCCAGGGAGCCUCCGCCCUGCCCAAACUGGAGGAGAAGAAAGCAGAGAAGAAAGAAAAGAAGAGCAGCGGGCUCCUGAAGCUCCUCUCGGGGGCGGCGGCCAAGAAGAAGUCCCGGUCGCCGCCCUCGGCUUCGCCGACCCACGAGCCCCUGCCUGCGUCUGCCGACCCCUCCCCCUCCGCCUGCGUGCGCGGGGCUGCGGCUCCCGAGCUGCACGGCCGUGCCGGCUCCUGCCCCAUCGAGAGCGAGAUGCAGGGCGCCAUGGGCAUGGAACCGCUCCACCGGAAGUCCGGAUCGCUGGACCUGAACUUUGUGUCGCCGCCGGUCGCACGCCAGCCCUGUGCCUCCGCCCUGCUGGCCAUCCGACCAGAGCCCAAGCCCCUGUCCCGUGAGAGGUACCGCGUGGUGGUCCCCUACCCCCCACAGAGUGACGCCGAGAUCGAGCUGAAGGAGGGAGACAUCGUGUUCGUGCACAAGAAGCGGGAGGACGGCUGGUACAAGGGCACGCUGCAGCGCACGGGUCGCACGGGCCUCUUCCCUGGCAGCUUCGUGGAGAGCUUCUGAGCCCGGCGGCUCUUGAGCUGCCUCGAGCCGCCUCCAGGGGGUGCCGCUCCAUCACCACAGCCUUCUCUGGAGAGCCAAGCUACUGCUGGACCCUGCAGUUAACAUUCAGAACGCGCAGAACUCAAAGAGCAUUCACAAAACAACAAUAACAAAAAAGGUUUACAGCAUUAUACCUGAGGCAAAGAAAUAAAGAAGUGACCAUCUUCCCCCUCUGUGUUCAAGCCUGUGGCCAGAGGCAGGGUUACCUCAAAUGAUUAACCAACAAGCACAAAGACAAACGGGAACAACACACAGGCAAAAUCACUUCAGUCCCUUUUUGUAUACACAAUAAAAUGCACCCAAAGCCAUGAACGGUUGAGCUAUGACACAACACGCAGCUGUAACACACGCACACACUCUCAAGCAGUGCGCCUCUCAUCCCAGGAAACCUCCUUUGAAGCAGAAGUGUGUGCUCUUCUGCGCCCCCUUGUGGCUCUGAUGUAAGAUCUCGUGCUAAUGUGAAGUGAAAGUGUGUUCUCAUCUCUUUGUGGCGUGAAGCAGACGUGUGCUCCUGUGUUCUCCUGCUCACUGUUUAAACUCUGUUCCCUGUCAGUGUGGAGGCUGCACCUCGGAAGAUACUCCACAUGCUUUUUGUCUGUUAAAGGGGGUUAGCUCAUGCCAUCCCUUUUUAGCAGUGUGUUACUGGUUACAUUUAUAUAAAUACCCAUUCAAACAAACCUCAUGACCCUCCUCCUAAACGACGAUGACCCCGUACUGCAUGCUAGUGACAUGAAACUCCAUGAGGAUCUCCAUACCAACUUGUGACUUCAGUUGUUUUGACCUACAUGGUAUCAGUAAAAAGGUUUUGACUGAAAGAUUGUAAACCCUGACAGUAGUCACAUGCAGUCAGCACACAUGCACACUGCACAGAGUAACCUGAUUGCACAGUGAAGCACAACUGCACGUUCAAGUUUGACUACAGUGGGAAACUGGGGCAGUAUCUGAAUUUUUUCCUGCAUCUCUGUGGAACCUCACUACCCCCUACCAUAGUCAGGGAGUCGAAUGAAAUGUGAAACAUAUUGUGUUGUAUUACAGCUGUGUUUUAGAGGUCCAAGGGGAAAUGGGACUUAUUUUUGUAGGAGGUGGAUUUUCUGCUCUCUUAUGUGAAUACACCAUAUUCAUGUCCUAAAUGUGUCUUAAACUUGGCAAAGCGAUGAUGUUUUUUUUUCCUGUUUGUUCAUUCAUGCUUGUUCUAAAAGCGUGACUGUCAUGAAAAGACAAAUGUUGCAAUGAUUACCCUUCACCACAUACAUGCAUGCUCACACAAACACACACACAAUCACACACGGUACACAUAUUUGUCCCCCUGAGGACUAGGCUGCCGUGCCACCUGCGCUGGGGUCCGGGUGCCGAUAAUCUCCACUCCAGCAAGGCCUGCGCAGCUGCACACACACUCACACAGCACACUGUGGAAGCACAGAAACUCUGCUGCUUAAAAAAGCACCCUAUUCGUGUGAACCCACAGAGCAGGGCACGAACUCGUACGUCUUAGGGAACCUCUCGGAAGUGUUAAAGAACUCGGAGAGAGUGGAGCAGUACAUGCCAGACUCGCUGGAGCUGCGAUUGGCCCCAAUAGCAAAGGAGAGGAGGAACACACAGCAGAGUCUAAUCUUCAGAAUCAUACUGCAGUCCUGGAUGGGACUGGUAUCACAACCACCGCAGUGAACUGGGGAUUGAGCACAUUAAGUGGUAAUUUGGAGAUUGACAGAUUACAGGUACAUUUGUCCAUCGGUAAAGGUGGAGACUAAGAGGCUCUGGGUUGGGUGUAAUGGUCUCUUCUCAUUUCCAGCUAUUGGAUGGAAUAUCAUUUUAAUGACUGCUGAUGGACCUGCACGCUUUCCUGAUUGGGACACUCAUGUCUCAGCAGACAGCUGACCAUUAUGUUUGCACCAUCAGAAAACUAAUGCCCCCACACACACGCACGCAUGCACACACACACACACACACACAAGCAACUUGUAUUUACAUCUUUACCUCAGCCAUUCCAUACCAGAGGACCUCACAUGAACUCCACUGGACUUCCGUGUCUUUUCUUUUGUUCUGAAUAUGGAGAUGAAGUUGUGACAGCUUUGACAUGAUCCUUUAGUGUCGUGUUCUUCUGCCCCAGCCUGUGUCGGAGUGGCCCCUGACCCCCAAACCCCAUUCGUGCCUGUGCCAAUAUGCUCAUUGAAAGCCAAGCACAAGUGCACCUCCGCGUUGGAGACAAGGUGCCGUUGUCAUGAUGCAGACAAGUCGACCCUGUGACCCUGCUGACAUCCCGUCUGAGGGUCCUGCGCCCGGUGCAGGGCUUUUCCUCUCAUGACCACUGAGAAAGACCUCUAGAAGGGUUUCAUUCAGCAUGAAGCCUGAUUAUAAAGAGGACAUAACUGCAUUAAGAAGAAAAAGAUAUAUAUAAAAAUAUAUAUAUUGUGAAAACAUAUUUAUAGCCUAUUGGUGCUAGAGUUGAGAUAUUGAGGAAUCCUGCCUCAUUAACUCUGGUAUUUGACAUUGAAUUCAUUUACACAUUGUCUUGUACUGACUACUUGUGAUCUGUUUUGGUUUCUUUUGUUUGUUUUUUUCAUGUUAA